AGAGCGCGAAAACCAACAAAAUUGAAUACAGCACGCAACAGGCCGUCCUUAUGAACUGCAAAAGUAUCCUCGUACUCGUAUAAAUGCAUUACAAAUUUCCUCAGCAUGAGAAAUAAAAUUUGUAAUGCUGAUUUGCCUUCAGAAAAAAAUUUGUGAUGCAAGACUUGCAUUUAUACGAGUGCGAUGACAGAAAAAGUUGCCCGCUUCGUGUCACCGAAAGCCGGGGAGAUUUCUCUACUCUAUGACCUGCUCAAGCGUUAGUAUCUCAAACCUUACAAUAGAGUCUGGGUUUUGUGUUGCAUGAUGAGCAUGACAGACUGGCACAGCGUUCCACUUUCUGCAAUACAAAUUUCGGCAGAUUCUAGCGCGGAUGGGGACUCCGAGACUUGUCAUGCGCAAUCCUGUGGGAGUUGGCUAGAUCAUGAUGCACCUCUUGCAUCACAGAUUUCCAUAUUCUACUGUAACGCUUCAGAUUGUAACACCUGAGCAGGUUAUAUACUCUACCACCGGGUUUGACCUACUUGGGGAAAAUUCGUUUCUGUUUGACAUCUACGAGUUAUGAGAGUGUACAACUUGUCUCCCUCCCCCGGCCCCGCAUUUGUGAUGCAAAACCCAAAACCCAAGUGCUUCCCUGUGGCACUGUUUGCAUGACAGAUUCCGAAAGCCCAAACAGUACCACGCUAGGCGCGUGA